AUGUCGCCCGAUAUAUGGAUGUGGAGGGCUAAUUCCUCUGGGAUGUAUACUGUUGCUUCAGGUUAUAGAAAAUGUGAAUCAUUAUUGGGUCCUGAUAGGAAAGUGACAAGGGAAGUAUGGAACAACUGUGCACCACCAAAAGUUAAAUUCUUUGGGUGGUUGGCUUGGUUAGGCAAGUUGAAAACAUCCAGCUAUCUCCAAAGAAUUGGGAUUUUAGAUGAAGCUGCCAAUGUUAGCUGUGCUUUUUGUCAAAACGAGGUGGAAUCGGUCAACCAUAUCUUGCUCUUUUGCCCAUUUGUCUGGCUACUAUGGUCUCAGAUUUUGAAGUGGUGGGGUGUUCAGUGGGUGAUGCCAAACUCAGUGGAAGGGCUAUUGCAGUGGUGGUCAUUUUGCAAGAUGAAGAAGCUUGAGAAAGUGAUGUGGAAGGUUGUGCCUAUGGCUGUCCUUUGGUCCAUCUGGAAGCAUCGGAAUGAUUGCAUCUUUAAUGGUGCUCAACCAAAUUUAGAAGAUUUAUGUGAGGUUGUCAAAGUAAGGAUCGCCUUGUGGGUAAAAUCCUCCCCAGCCAAAGUAGAGUUCUCCAUUAAUGAUGUAGUUUUUAAUUUGCAGCAGGUUCACUAUUGUUUAAGGCAGGGGAGCUGGAGUGCAGUGGACAGUGGUCUUAAGUGUGCCUCUUGUUCAGUUGUUCAUCUGCUAGUAAUCAGGAGUGAUGCAUCAGAAAUGGAAUGCUGCUCUGUUGGAGUGCAUAGAUUCAGUGGAGUUUCUGGUGUGGUUGUCCUGUUGCUGGAUGCAUAA